AUAGUACAUAGGCGUUUGAGAUAGUGGUGUUAUUAUCUAGAAGAGGGGCGAGGGCCUUGAAUAACAACACAGCAGCUGAUGACCCUGCAGCAAUCGAUGUUGACGAUGAUUAUGAACCGGUUAUUAAUGAUGCAGAAGAGAAUGAAGUUGUGGACGUCAAUGAUGAACUGGAUGAUGUUGUGGAUGUUGAUAAGGACGAAGAGGGUGACCAAGCCGAGUAUGCUUCUUAUGAAGGUACCUUUGGUGAUGAUGGUGAUGUCCCGGGGGAUAAUAAAGGCAUGUCAGGUGGUCCUGAACCAGUGUCUGUGUAUCGUCACGUACUCAAGGACAUAUUCCAUCUUAUGGACUUGAUCAAGGUGAGCAAAAGGCAUGGCUACCACUGGCACUUUUGACAGCUAUUUAGGGAUGCCUUGUAUAUCGAUAAUGCUGACGCUAGACAAGCAGUAGAGACUGUACUAGCAUCAUGUGGUUUAUUAUAUACUAAGAUGCUCACUACAGUACGAGGCCUGCAUUAAAUUCGACGUCGAGCACCACGAAUUGUACCGCCACCUGGUCGUUUGCAAUUGAGAGUCGGAAGAGUUUUCGAUAUGUUCAGAGAUUAAGUCGAUACAGUCACUCACGAGCCUCUCUUGCUAAACCUCGGAAAGAUAGUAUGAAUAGUGCUUAAGCUAGUAGCAUAAGAAUAUGUUUACGAUCCUCCAGGAGUGAAGUUAUUUGUUCCUAAUGGGACUGAUAAACACGGUCUCAAACUUUAUAAGUAUCCUCGAGGUACAAAUAGUGUGAAAGCAGGUGUUCAUCAGGCAGUGAGUAGGAAGUUCGUAUGUAAGAUAAUUAGUGGAAGAUUCUCAGAUGAUGUCCUCGCUUACUUCCGACACAAACGCAAUUAUAAACAGGCUAUUGCUAGACUUGGGGUACUAGGUGUUGGUCAUUUUUUCAUACAACUGGUAGAUGUGCCAUAAUAUAUUCCAAAUUAACAGGCGAGGUUUACAGAGAACGGCCGUAUGCGUACAAAGAUUACCGUACAGUGGGUAUGGUUUGGCCCCGGACAGACGAUUAUGUUCGAACUGAUGAAUCCUUCGGGAUCGCUAGGCUCAAUCAUUUGUUUGAGGGCGAAUUAACUGAUGAGUUGUAUAAUAAGCUGAGGCGUAGUGGACAAGCCAAGGACCACCAAUGCCUAUGUUGCAGAAGCACAAGGAUUACCAUGCCUAUGUAGAGAUAUGCAAACUCGAGAAGAAUGGAGACUUUUUGAGAGACUCGAUAGAGAACCAGAGUCAAGAGGAUUGCGACUUGGAUCGCGACUGUAUAUGCGUGAGAUCAAGACACAAUGGUAUACCUACGUCUGUGGUCAGAAUACAAGUACCUAGGUUUUAGUUCUUUAUUUUAGCUACUAUAGUUUUUUUACAGUAUAAUCUGAUAUACUUGGUUUUGCUGACUAUUACAGCACAUGACUUAUGACUCACUUUUAGAGUCACUAAUUUUACAAUUACUAAUAAAUGAACAACGUCUCCCUCUCUAUGGAGGGAGAACGUUGCGAUACAGUUAUUGAAGCGUUCGUUUACCACACGUCGAUGGAGUUAACUACUUCCUUAAACUACCAAUCCACACGAAACAGCAGUCGCCCACCUUAAGAAGCGAGCAGAUGUUCAUAAGAACAUAGUGGAGAAUCAGCGUGAAGUUCGAGGCUUACACCGUGAACUAAUGAACGAGGAUGUAUCCUUUAAAGUAACAAAGGAUAAUACUGAGACACUAGAAUAGGCACAGGCAUUCAACGAGUCGCGACCUCCGCCACCUAAACAGCCUAUUGUGGGUGAUUUAGGACUCAACUACCUUCCACCAUUGCAUCAAGCACGGGGUACAAGUUAUUUAAACAAGCCAAAAGCAAGUGAAAAACUAAUUAUAUCGACAGAUAACGAUAGCACAGUAGAGCCAAAAAGGGAAGAAGAGCAAGACAUGAGAUGCCGAUCAGAACAGGUUCAAUAGUAGCAAUCAACCAACCACAAGCACCACACAAUACACAUCAAUCGGGCAUAUAUGUCCAGAGAUACAUGCCUAAUCCAAUACAAGCUACACGUGUAGUAACUCCAGACGGACGGACAUUUAUCCAGAUGAUUCCGUAUGAUCUAUACAACCGACCACACUACCAAAACGGAAUUCAGAUAGAACACAUUACCACACAGUUGCCUCCUCAACCCCAGGAGUUGUUUUCUCAACAACAGAAGAUGUCUCAAUCCCAGGACGAUGCCACUGACACAACAGCAGCUGAAGAGGUCAAGACUGAUGAUGAACAGCUGCCGCCUGAAGCGUACAUUAUGGAAGGUCGUGUAAGAAAAUGAUGUUCUCGCUGUGGCGAUAAUCAAUCAUGUGGACGCUCAUACGGAGGUACUUGCAAUUUGGAUCUUAAAAAUAGC